UCGGGGAUGUGUUUGUUUCUCGUCGCGGCUACACAUUGCAACUAUUUAAUCAGUUUUUUCUACUCAUCGUUUGCAGUCAGAUUAUAUUGGCUGUAGUAAAACACAAAGAAUGGCAAAUGACGCAAUGAACUCGUUGCCUAGUGAAAUAGUCGUGUGUAUUUUGGAAGACAAACGACUCGGCUUUUUCGAUGUGAUUAAUCUCGGAUCUACAUGCAGGAACUUGCAUAGAAUUGUUAACAACAACAAUAAACUCUGGAGAACAAAAUUUUUUCAAAGAUGGCCAAUGUUGAAAGAAGUAUAUCAAAUGAAGAAAAACCCAGAAGGCCUUCCAGUAAACUGGAAAGAAGAAGCUAAGAUCAGUUUAAACAUCCGAAUGAGAUUGCUUUAUCAACUGUCCUUAAUGUCUAAUAAACACUACAAGAAACAAGAAUUACCAAACACUGUAUUUAAAGAGUUUGAUCCCCUUUUUCGUUUAGAGCAUGGUGCUCAUCCCUUUGCAUAUUAUUUUCUGGUGGAUGAACUUAUUAGUUUGAUCAAAAUCCCUGCUAUAACCAGCAAUUUGACACAUAGAUAUUAUGUCAUCAAAGUCAUUCGAUACAUAAAGCAAAGCCAUUUGAAGGAAGAGUGGCAGAAGUUUAUAUCUCUACCAUCAAAAGAACAGACUUUAGAACGUGGUGCAACCAUUGUAGCACAAUGGGGUCAACCAGAAAGACAUGUGACAUAUUCGUAUAUAUCACUAUUGUUAGAUAACAUCGCUGAACAAACUAAAGCACUACUCAGAGAAGAAUACCCAGCUCACUCCAUAUUUUCAACAUCCGCAGAGCAGUUUAUAUUUUGGAAAAAUAAUAUUAUCGAUGACAAUCACUGGAGCAUACGGGAAACAAAACAAGUGACAGAUGCAUUGUGCAAAGUAUUGUUCCAAAAGUUAGGAUUUUAUGGAAAUAAUGAAAUGUAUUAUUCAUCAGAAAAUUCGUUUAUAGAUCGUGUUCUGGAACGCAGACGAGGAAUUCCUAUAACUCUGGCAGUAGUGUUUGAAAGUGUUGCUCGUAGGCUUGGUAUACGCUGUGAACCAGUCAGUUUUCCAUCUCACUUUCUAUUACGAUGGAAGGAAACAUACGGACUUGAUUCGGAGACUGCAGAAAAUUUUUAUAUUGACGUCUUCAAUAGCGGUCAAUUUUUGACUAAAAAAAAUUGCCCUAGAAUCGGUGGUGUGUCAAAGUGUCCGAUAGAAAAGUAUAAUGUUCAGAAGGCAGCAACUGCCGUGGAAGUCGUAAGGAGAAUGGCAAAUAACUUAGAAGUAGCUGUCAGACAACAUACCCAUCUGAAUGGCAGAACCUCAAGACUGUGUUCUACUCUUGAACUUCGGCAUAUGGUACAACCUAAUGAUGCGGAUCCAAUUGUGCAAUUGGGUCGCAUAUAUAUAGUACAGAAUAUGGAUUUAACAGAACUGGUAGAGAUACUGAAAAAUAUGGAGCAGGAUCCAAAAUUAUCAGUGUGCAGGCAGGCAAGUAUUAUUUCCCAAGCGCUUCAGGAUUGUCAAAAAGAGGUUUCGCCCGAAGGGGAAAUAGAGCCAAAGAGUAGAGUGCCCGCUGUACAGUAUGCAGUAGGACUAAUCAUGCAACAUAAAAUCUACGGUUUUUUAUGUGUAAUAACAGGAUGGGAUGCAACCUGCAAGGCGUCGACAGAAUGGAUGAAUGAAAUGGGUGUACAUGAAUUAGACAAAGGCGCAGAACAACCGUUUUAUAACAUAUUUGUAGAUGAUGGAUCGUGCCAUUAUGCAGCUCAAGAAAAUUUGAUACUGGCCCCAUAUCCAGAAUGGAUAAAUCAUCAGGCUAUCGGUAGAUACUUCUACAAAUUUAACGGUACUCAUUAUUUACCGAAUGAGGAAAAAGCAAGAGAAUACCCAGAAGAUGAGGAAGCUCGUAAUGAAUUAUUAGCUAUAUACACGCAAAGUAGCACAACAUACAAUACCACUUAA